AUGAUAUCCUAUUUAUCAUUUCUAUGUUUGAUUACCUUAUUAGGUUUUACAUAUUCUGAAUAUGUUUGUCAAAUUAUGCCAAAUAUUACAAUGAAUUUCGGUAUCUUAGGUGAACCAAUUGAUAAACGUCAAUACGGGGGCAAUCAAUUAAAAUUUAUUGUUAUCUAUAGGCCAAGUAUGGAAAGGCAUCCUCUGUUUCAACAAUUCAAGACUCAAAUAGUAGAGAAAGCCCUUAAUUUUUGGCAAAGAACAUUAAGCGUUAGAAAACCACCAAAUAGAAAAUUGCUCAUUGAAAGAGGAUGCGCUGAACCAGUCUUUUACACAGAUGGUAGAACAGGUAAAAAGUUCUGUAAAUCACAAUGUAAAAAACAAGCUCUAUGCUAUGAUCAUCCAGUUCCAGAUCAAUACUCUUCCGGAUGUGCUGUGGGAAGUGGAGGUGACAAUAUAAGAGAUGUUUAUCAAGAUGGUCCAGGAUUCGCACCAAAUGAAUAUGUUCUUUUUGUUGAAAGUGAAAAUAAACAAGGUUGUCUAUCUGGAUCAACAUUAGCUUAUGCUGGUCCUUGUGAAAUGCAUCCUACAACUGAUAGACCGAUUAUGGGUUCAAUCAAUUUCUGUCCGCAAAAAAUGGAAAUUCAAGAACCAGGGAAAACAAUGUUAGUUGGCACAGCUAUACAUGAACUAGGUCAUGCUUUGGUUCCUACUAUCUAUAUUUUAUAUUAUUUUUUCAGUGAAAAUACAAUCAGAACAAUCAACCGUCCAUGGGUUACAGCUGCCGGGAAAUUUUCAAAGUCUUUCUUAUCUUUUGUUACACCAGCUAUGCUCGAGGAAGCACGCAAACACUUUAACUGUCCUAAUUUGGAUGGAGUUGACAUAGAGAACGAAGGUGGACAAGGAACAGUUGGUACACACUUCGAAAAGAGAGUAGUUGGUGAUGAAACAAUGGCAGGUGUUACUGGAGUGAAAACUGUAAUGUCAAGGCUUACAUUGGCAUUCUUCACAGACUCUGGCUGGUGGGAUGUUGACUAUUCAUUGGCUGAAGCAUGGUAUUAUGGAAAGAAUUUAGGUUGUAGCUUUGUUAUGGAAAGCUGUUAUGCAUACAUGAUGCGAAUGAAACAAGCAGGAAAAAGUACGGAACCCUACUGUGAUGAACCAGAUACUUUAAAAUGUUAUCAUCAAAAAGCAUUUGGUAUUUGUGCUGUUGGACGGUUUACUCAAAGUUUACCACCUAAUGAACAAUAUUUCAAAGAUCCUUCUCAAGGAGGGUCUGGUGCAUUAACAGACAGAUGUCCUAUGAUCCAGCCUAUGCGAUCCUUUUUCAAUGAACCAAUUGUAACAUACUGUGAUCAUCAGCUUAAUAUUCCUGUCGCUCAAAAAGGAAAUAUGUUUGCACAAGAUUUUGGAAAUAAUUCAUUAUGUAUUAUGCAUAAAGGAGCAUGGAGAGCUGAAAUGAAUGGAAGAGCAACAAAUGAUCCUCGAGUUAAAGCCACCUGCCAUCAGUAUUCAUGCUCUGGUGGUCUACAAGUGAUUAUUAAUGGUAAACCAUUCCCAUGUAAUUCAGGGGUAGCUACAGUUCAAACUAAUCAAAUUCAAGGCCAAAUUGUCUGCCCUGAUCCUAAUACUGUUUGUAGGGAAUGUUAUCAAGAAUAUUAUAACCGAUUACACAGAACUUACAAUAAUGGAAGUGGAAUACCAUCUGCCGGUUAUAUCCUACUUGUUGACGCUAUAAAUACGCGUACCUGUUCAGGUAGUACAGCAGCAUUUGCAUCAUCAUGUUUAAUGGAUGAGGAAACAGAUAGGCCAAUUCUUGGAUUUGUAAAUGUGUGCCCAGGAAAAAUGGGAGUUGAUUAUCCUGAAGAUAGAAAUUCACUUGGAAUUUUCUUGCAUGAAAUUGGUCAUGCACUUGGAUUUUCAUCAUCCAGCUUCCCUUUUAUGCGCUUUCCAAAUGGGACAGCUCGAACUCCCAGGGACGAUAAACGUAAGCCAAAAUACAAAGAUCAAUAUGGAAAUUAUGUUCCGAGCCACAGGAAAUUUAUCCCAUUCUGUGACACUGUUAAUGAAGCAAGAUGUCGGGAUGCAUUCUCAUAUGGAACAUGUAGUAUUUUGAGAUAUCAUAAUCCAGUUCCCAUAGAAGAUCGUUUCUUCCUAAAAGCCCCAUUUGAUGCCCAAUAUGGUCCUGAAUAUUUCGGUGGGGAAGAUCCAUUUAAAGAUUAUUGUCCAACAAUGGUUUACAAGUGUUAUAAUGAUGGAACGCUUGGUUUAUUCUUUAAAGAUUCAACUGUGAAUUGUACCAGGAAAGACCUGCCAGUUCGUUUUAAUGUAUCUGAUGGAAGAUCGAGACUUAGUGGGGAAAUCUUAUGUCCUAAUGUUAAAGGUUUUGCAAGAUAUUGUGAAAGUUCCAAUAACUACAUUACUUAUCCAAAGGAUUCUGUUUGUAUUGAAUCACGAUGCCAAAUUCAAGCAAAAUGUGGUCAUGUAGAUAUCCCAAAUGAAUAUUCAUCUGAAUGUUCAGAAAAGUACAAUGGAAGGUUGCAUAGACUAUACACUAAUGGAAGUGGAAUUCCAUCUGCCAGUUAUGUCCUACUUUUUGAUGGUUAUCAAACAAGGAGCUGUACCGGCAAUGUAGCAGCUCAUGCUGGAUCUUGUUUAAUGGAUCUAGAUACUGACAGACCAAUUCUUGGAUAUGUUAAUAUAUGUCCAGGUAAACUGAAAAUUGAAUAUCCUGAGAAUAGAUAUUCACUUGGAAUUUUCACUCAUGAAAUUGCUCAUGCACUUGGAUUUUCGUCAUCUAGUUUUGCAUUUAUGCGCUUUCCUAAUGGAACUGAACGAACUCUGAGAGAUCAUUGGCACAAACCGAUUCACAGGGAUAAACAAGGUUAUUAUAUACCAAGCGACAAUACAAUGAUCAAAAUUACAAGGGAUUGGGAAAGUGCAGAAGGAAUGUUUAGAAAGGAUUUUUACUCUUUCGUUACACCUGCCAUCUUGAGAGCUGCAAAAAAGCAUUUGAAAUGUGCACGUUUAAAUGGAGUUGAUUUAGAAAAUCAAAAACAUCGUGGACCAAUUAGUUCUCAUUGGGAAGGGAAAACAUACGGAGAACAAAACCAUCAUCCAUUCUGUGAUAAAGUUAAUUUAGUAACAUGUCGGGAUUUAUAUUCAUAUGGAAUGUGCCGUAUUAUUAAAUAUAAUGAUGAAAUUCCCCCUGAAGAUCGUUUUUUUAAAAUUCCCCCAUUCGAAACUCAACAUGCAGCUAAAUACUUCGGAGGUGAUGAUCCAUUUAAAGAUUAUUGUCCAACUCAAACUUCGAAUUCAUGA